ACCUUCCUGUCCUGAACAAAGUGCUAGACAGCACAUCCUCCAGCGCUGUCUUCCGGACCCGUCAUCUCGUGGGUUUACAAAUUUCGGAAUACUGUUCUUCUUUUUUCGAAAGCUUGGUAAAUCUCUGAGAAGAUUUCCUGUGAUUCGUAAACGGCUUUCGGAUCUAUUCAAACUUUGUAGUGGAUAAAAUUCUCUUCCCAACAACCUAUUUCAUCGGGUAUGGCUUCCGAACAGACUUUAUUGCAGUUAUUGCAAUCACGGACUAUCGUAGAUUGUGAUACUAUGGAUGUGGAAGUUCCCAAAGCUCUUGGUCCAUUCGUUGAUUGUACUUCAAAUCAAGCAAUCGCCUACAAUGAACUUCAAAAGCCAGUUCACAAGUCUAAAAUCGAGGAUGCUAUUUCUAUGUCCAAGAAACUGGGUCAGAAAUACCCUGAAGUUUCUACUCAAGAAUUAGCUGUCGAGAUUGUCAUGGUUAUUUUGCAACUGAAAAUAUCUCAUCACGUCACAGGCUUCGUCCAUGUCCAAACGAAUCCGUAUUAUUCGUACGACACUGGAAAGACAGUGAAAAAUGCUCGCCGAAUCGUUGAACUGUUUCAGAACUUGGAUUCGUCAUUCGACCACACACGAGUAUGUAUCAAAAUUCCCAGCACCUGGGAAGGUCUCCAAGCAUGCCGAAUCCUUGAAGCGAGCAAGACAACUACAUUAGCUACAACAUUGUUCACAAUCGAGCAAGCUUCUCUCGCUGGAGAAGUAGGAUGCCAUUACAUAGCGCCCUAUGUCAAUGAGCUGAAAGUGCAUUUCGAAGCUGGAUUCAUUGACCACAACAAAGCCCAAAAGCUCUGCGUACAAUCACAGCGUUUCUACGAAGCCAACGGUAUUAAGACGCAAGUCCUCCCCGCAAGUCUGACUUCCACGACCGAAAUCAUGGAGUUGGCUGGUGUGCACCACAUCACCAUCUCGCCUGGACUUCUUCAAGAACUUGCUUCCACUCCCGCUUCGGCCAAUAUGACAAUCUCACUGUUUGAUGAGGCUGCGAUGGAGGCUGAUAUCCCGGCUUAUGUAAAAUAUGCGGAUGAUCAGGCUAAGUACAGGAUUGCUUUCACGAGGAGUAAUGGGGGUGAUGGUGAGGGGGAAAGGAAGUUGAUACAGGUGAGUUUGAGCUGUACUUGAUAUCGAUAGAGUCUACUAAUCAUGAGUGAAGGCAAUCAAUACGUUUUGUGAUAUGCAGGUUAAGUUGGAGAAGAUUUUACAAUAGUUCAAAUACAGAAGUCAACAAUCAAGCC